AUGUCAUCAUCACAUUGUCUGGGAAAAACUCGAGAUUCUCGACGUGAACGUGUGUCAAUACGUCGAGCAACAGUAUCGAAUAUUGUCAAUGGAAGUCGAGAAACACACAGUUUAUUUGAUGCUGUAAACGCUCAAGAUUAUGAUCGAGUUCUUGAUCUUCUUCAAACAGGUGUUGAUCCACGUAUCGCUGAUAAGUAUGACCGUACUCCUCUACAUAUUGCAUCUACCAAACUCGAUGCUGGCAUAGCAAAAGGGUUGAUCGAUCAUGGUGCGGAUGUCAAUGUUGAAGAUUCACUUGGUAAUACUCCAUUACAUUUGGCUUGUAUUAGCGGUCGAGUAGCGAUUGUUGGUGUUCUGCUUCGUGCUGGCGCAACUCUAUCAGCAACCAAAAGUCGAGCAAUGCCAUUAACUCUGGCAUUGAGUCGUUUACAAUCAAUGAUGAAUGAAAAGCGUACAAUCUCUUCUCCUGAUAUGAAAACUGAAAUACUCGAAUUAAUACGUCUACUAAAAAAUCGCGCAAAAUUUAAACUCCUCCUCAUCAAAUGA